GACGCUUCACCUACCGCGCAGACAGGGAGGCGGACGCGGCGGCGACAAACGAGGAGGAAACUGAACUCGCGGCACGGCACGGCACGCUACAGCAGGCCUGAAGAAGUCGGUGUCCCGCUGUUUACCUGAACGUUAGCUAGCUCUGCACGCUCUCUCUCUCUCUCUCUCUCUCAUAUAACCGACACACACACCCGGAGAACAGCGGAGAGGGGGAACAUUAUGGCGACGUUGGGACCGGAGUCGGUUCGCCCUGCUCUUUCCCAGCUCAGUUCCUCCCAGUCGCAGACGCACAUCGGCGGCGCUAACCUGCCUCCCAACCGGGGUUUGGAGCGGGCGCUGGAGGAGGCGGCAGCCAGCGGCGCACUCAACCUCAGCUCCCGCAAACUGAAGGAGUUUCCCCGGACAGCCGCCAACCACGACCUGACGGACACGGUGGAAGCAGACCUCUCAAAGAACAGACUGGCCGACGUCCCCUCAGAGGUCUGCCACCUGGUCGCCUUGGAGACACUAAACCUGUAUCACAACUGCAUCAGGACCAUCCCAGAGAGCAUCAUCGGCAUGCAGUCGCUCACCUCCCUAAAUCUCAGUCGGAACCAGCUGGGCUCUCUGCCGGCCUGCCUGUGUGGUUUACCUCUCCGAGUCCUCAACGCCAGCAACAACAAGCUGGUCAGCCUGCCGGAGACCAUCGGACAGCUGCACCGCCUCAUGGAGCUGGACAUCAGCUGUAACGAGAUCACGGCUCUCCCUCGCCACAUCGGCAGACUCAAAGCGCUGCGGGAGCUAAACGUCCGCAGAAACCUGCUCUGCGUCCUGCCAGAAGACCUGGCUGGCCUUCCUCUGGUGAAGUUUGACUUCUCCUGUAACAAGGUGUCGACCAUCCCGGUGUGCUACAGGAAGAUGAAACAGCUCCAGUCCCUCCAGUUAGAAAACAACCCACUGCAGAGUCCACCUGCACAGAUCUGUAUAAAAGGGAAAGUUCACAUAUUCAAGUAUCUGAGCAUCGAGGCGUGUCGCAGUGACAAGAUGCCCGACUCUCCGUACCUGCCUGUCAUGGAGCGGCUCAGCCUAUCACGGCCCACCACUGGCAGUGUGGAGGACAUUGAGCAGCAGCAGAAGAAGCAGGACAGCGACUCAGGAGUGGGCAGCGACAACGGAGACAAGAGACUGUCUGCUACCGAGCCGUCGGACGAAGACAGUCUGAGUCUCAACGUACCGAUGAGCCACAUCACCGAGGAGGACGGACUCAGUAAAGACGACUCGAGUGAACACAUCAGCUCCCUGACAGCAGACCCCCACUUGGACUCGGUGCGUCUGAUUGAGGAGAGCCCUACGGAAGCCCUGAAGGACCAGUUCAGCUACAGAGACUCCGCUCUCAGCACGCGCUUCGUCAACUACAUCAAGGGUCGGACAGCAGCAGACUUUGACGAGCCCCUCAGAAUAGAGGAAGACUCACAGUGGCCAGCAGGACAAAUGUCGAAGGUCACCGGCGGCACGGAGCUGCACAUGGACAUGAUCAACCAGCUGAAGGAGGCCGUGGAGCUGCUGCAGGACCCCAGCAGAGUGAGCGCGGAGCAGGACGAUCCGUCUGGAGUUCAGCUCUACCCGGUGGAGAUGGUCGAAGUGGAAGAGUCACUCAACGGGCAGGACAGCGAUGAUGGCGUCAGCACACCGAAGGAAGGUCGCUAUGAGUUCCAGAAGAAGAGACAGAUGAUUCUAGAGAAGGCCAGGUUUGAGGCCCAGCUUGCAUGCCGGGAGUAUGAAUGGCAUAUGUCAAUCAAGCGACAUGACAGAUCUCCAGCCAGCGGACAUCCGUCCUUCUCCAGCCCCGUGUUUGGACUGAAGCCCCGCUCAGCCCCGCCCUCGCUGCCCUGCUCGCCCCCUCCUUCCUGUCUCGCUCCCUCCCUCCUCCCACAGGCCUCGCCCCUCCGUAGAGACUCGCCUCCUUGCCACGACGACGGAGGCGUGCUCAGCCGCGUGUUCCUGCGGAGCCACAAGAGUCUGGAGUCGGUCGAUCCUCAGUUCACCAUGAGAAGAAAGAUGGAGCAGCUGAGAGAGGAGCUGGAGCUCACCGAGCAGCUGAGAGACAGCAUCGAGAGCAGACUGAAGGUGGUCCUUCCCGAAGACCUGGGCUCGUCUCUGAUGGACGGCGUCGUGCUCUGCCAUCUGGCCAAUCACAUUCGCCCGCGCUCCGUCGGCAGCAUCCACGUCCCCUCGCCUGCAGUGCCCAAACUCAGCAUGGCCAAGUGUCGGAGAAACGUGGAGAACUUCCUGGACGCGUGCAGGAAGAUCGGCGUACCACAGCCUUUCCUCUGUUCGCCCUACGACAUCACCCAGUGCCGCCUGCAGCCCGUCAGCGCCGCAGUUCAGGCGCUGGUUGCCUUGGAUACGACCUCUCCGGACAGGAAGCGGGAAGAGGCCAGCCCGGCUCCUAACCAAUCAGAGACUCCGUCCUUGGUUUCUGUCACCACUCAAACCCCGCCUCCCGCCUGGCAGAUCUGGGACCUCAUUGGCUCCAGCCUGCUUCACGUCCUCUGCCUCCUCCUGCUCUUCCUCGCCUAUAGCUGGAGCGAGCUGACGUAACCGUGGCGACAGCGUCCUGUCAGUCACCUGCCAACCCCCCCUCUCUCUUUCCUGCCCGGGCU